AUGUGCGUGUCGUACACGCAGGUGCGCGGGAGUGUGCCGCUGUUCUGGCAGCAGCCGCAGCAGGGGCUCGGCACGCUCCAGCAAAAAGUGGAGCUUACGCGCCCGCCGCAGGCGACGCAGCCGGCGUUUGACAAGCACUUUAUGGGCUGCUGGAGCAGCGAUGCUGUCGUCGGCGUAUUCGACCACUUUGGCGCGCUCCGCUCGUCGCUCAAGGCUAUCGCCGGCAGCGCCCCGCCCGACACGCACCCGACGGCCGACGACCUCGUGUACACCUCGUACGAUUUCCACGCCGUCGUCCGUCUCGGCGGACACGAUGCCGUCCGCCAGGACCUGGCGGUCAUGCACGCCGUCAACCGCUCCGUCGACAAGUUUGACAUCACCGCCAUUGACGCGACGACGGGCGAGGUCGUCGAGUACCAGCACGGCGUGUUCCGCACCAACUGCCUCGACUGCCUCGACAGGACAAACUAUGUACAGGAAGUCAUGUCGACCAUUUUCCCUCCGCCGCUUCCUGUCCGCACAUGGAGCGUGCUGCUCAACUCGCCCACGCUGUGGUCGGCGCACCGCGAGCUGUGGGCCGACAACGGCGACCGUCUCAGCAAGACGUAUGCCGGCACCGGCGCGCUCAACACGAGCGCCACGCGCACGGGCCGCAAAACGUUUGCCGGCCUGCUCAGCGACGCGACCAAGAGUGUCGGCCGCGCGUACAUUAACAAUUUCCAGGACAAGGGCAAGCAGACGGCCAUUGACAUGCUGCUGGGCCUCAUGGCCGGCCAGCGGCCCGUCAUUCUCUUCGACCCCGUCGGCGACUCGAUCCACUCGGCCCUCGUCGCGCGCAAGAGCGAGUAUUCCGUGCCCCGCAACCUGGUCAUCUUCUCGGGCACGUGGAACGCCGACAUUUACGCCAUUGCGUUCCAGGAGAUUGUCGAGUUGACGCCUCAGCAGAUCGUCGUCACCGACCCGGCCAAGAAGCGCGCAUGGGAGGGAUACAUCAUGGACACGUUUGCCCAGAACAGCGCGCCGCAAGAGUACAUUCUCAUGCGCAGCGAGCAGCUCGUCGGCACGGCGCUCAUGGUCGUCGUCAAGUCGGCCCUCCUCCCUGCCAUCCGCAACGUAGAGUAUGCAGACAAGAAGACGGGUCUCCAAGGUCUCAGCGGCAACAAGGGCGGCGUCGGCGUCCGCUUCAACUGCUUCGACUCGACCAUCUGCCUCAUGACCUGUCAUUUGGCAGCGGGGCAGAGCAACUAUGCCGACCGCAAUGCGGAUUACAGGACUAUCGACAAUGGCCUGCAUUUCCUCCGCGGCAAGACUAUCGACAGCCACGAUAUCGUUGUGUGGGCCGCAGACUUUAACUACCGCAUCGACCUCUCCAACGAGGAGGCGCGCGAGCUCGCGACGACGGACCAGCUGGACGCGCUCGUCUCUGCCGACCAGCUCACGUUUGCGCGGGACGAGGGCGAGGUGUUCAACGCUACUCCGAGGGCCCGCUCACCUUCCGCCCGACGUAAAUAUGACGAUAACGGAACCGACGUGUACGAUUCGUCUGAAAAGCAGCGCAUCCCCUCCUGGACAGACCGCGUUCUAUACAAGGGUGCUGGCGUUCAUCUUAGGGCCUACAGCUGUGCGGAUCUGCGCACGUCCGACCAUCGCCCUGUGUAUGCCGUGCUGGAAGUAACCAUUGCCGAGGUCGACGAGGCCCAAAAGGCGCGAAUCGCAGACGAGCUCACUCGCAAGGCGCGGAGCAGGACGGGCAGUGCAAAGUUGGACGCUAGGGUCGAACAGGCCGCGCAGGGCGGCGUCAAGUCGCUCGUCAAGGAGUUUACCUCUGUUUCCUUGCACCCUACACCGACACCGUCGCCGAGGCCUGUCCCACCACUGGUCUCGAGGGACUCGAAGCCUGGCAAGCCCAAAGCGUCAUCAACAGACGCGACCCUCAACGCUCUCAACUCGGCGUACGCACGUCUGGGUGUACCGCCACCAUUGCCCGCUAGGAAUGGCGCCGCCAGCGCUACCAUCACCACCACCCCGGCGUCACCGCAACAGGCCACGCCUUAUGAGACGCGCAGGAAACCACCUCCCCCACGUCCCACCGACUUUGGCAAGAUUGGUCUUCCUCAGGAUGCCAGUCCUGAAAUCACCCCAGUCGCGACAGGCGACUUUGUCCUCGUCCCCUCGCCAAAGCGGGUAGCCGCCCCGCUCCUCCCCAUGCGCCAGCAGUCAGGCUCGAGCUUCAUGUCCACCCACUCGGCGCCGCCUGCGCUUCCCGCGCGCCCCAGUCUCAGCCCCACCCCGCCGCUGCCCACGGCACCGCGCCCGACGCUGCCGCCGCGCAAGCCCAGCAGGCAGGGCACGCUGGACAUGGACGCGCCCCCUCCUUCGGGCCUCUGGAUCCCCGCCCAGCCCGAUAACGUCAAGCCCGCAGUGCCCAACCGCUUGAACAAGCCGGCGCCCGUCGGUGCCACUGCGGCGGCAACUCCAUCGGCCAGUGUCCCUGCGCCUGCACCCGCGUCCGUACCUGCACCCGCUGCAGCGACGACUACCGCGCCCGCGUCGGCCAAACACCCUCCUCCUCCCUCAAGCCGAAGCCCACUAGCCCGAGCAGCAGCGUCAACGCGACGUCAGCGUCGUCGGCGGCGGUAUCAGGCCUGUUACGUCGUCGUCGUCGACAACAAGCAUAAACACAACGACGUCAUCGGCCGCCACCACGUCGACGGCGACGUCGCCAGCCAAGCCCCAGCCAGGCCCAUCGUGCCCGCCAAGCCGGCUGCGCUGUCGCCCACCAGCCCAACGGCCACGGGCACGGGUACAGGUACGGCCACAUCCCCCGUGGCCAGUGCGCCAAAGCUGGCACCCAAGCCGAGCGGGCUCAAGGGCAAGACGCUCACUAUGUAG